AUGUCGGUGGACAACGAAUUAAGAGAGUUGUAUGUGAACGGACUCAACAUACCCGUGGUGCCAGCAACUUUUCCAAACGCUCUCCUAUGGAACGUACCUGACACAUACAAGCUGACAUGCAGGGUCCUCUAUGUUCUUGCAAUAAAAGGAUGGAACAAUGGCCACUAUGGUGGUUUAGUAGUCAGCACACCAGACAACUACAUCCUCACCAACAAAACUUGGAAAUGCAAUAUAACCUACCACAGUGGUUGGUACAAAAUCAAGUAUGACGAUUCACUCUGGCCUGUUGCUCGUUACGGCAGUGCUCAAGGAGACAGCUCCAUCAACUCACAACUCUCUCCUAUUGUCAAGUGGAUCAUUGAUCCCACCGACUGCUUGAACUGCAUUUUCUACUGUGUUAAUGAUACACUAAUUAUCUCAGUUCAAGUGAAUGAUAUAAGAGCGUUAGUGUGUAUGGCAUUGUUUAAACCUGAAUGUUUCUGUCUCCCGUCCAUUGGUCUGCCUCUCUUGUUCUGCAUAACGAUCUUCACCUAUUUUGAAAAGAUGCCGGCAUGA